UUUGAGCGUCAUCUCCCUGCUCUCUUCCGAAUCCCAACUUCCCAAUCCAAUCCUCCCCGAAACCAGCUGGUUUGUGGCGGCGCACCGCACUGAUGGGAAUCCCCAACCUUCUCCGCUUCAUGAAGCCAUUCAUCGAGCCCGUGCACAUCAAGAAGUACGCCGGCCAACGGGUCGGCAUCGACGCCUACUCGUGGCUCCACAAAGGGGCCUACUCCUGCAGCAUGGAGCUGUGCAUGAACCCCAAGAGCGCCGGCGCCAGGCGCUACAUCAGCUACUUCAUGCACCAUGUCAACCUCCUGCGCCACCACAAGGUCGUGCCCGUCGUCGUCUUUGACGGCGGCAGCAUGCCUUGCAAGGCCGCCACGGAUAAAGACCGGCACAAGAAGAGGGAGCUCAGUUUGGUAUUGGGGAAAGAAAAGCUUAAGCAAGGAAAUACAGCUGCUGCCAUUGACUUUUUCCGGAAAGCUGUGCAAAUUACUCCAUCAAUGGCUUAUCAACUGAUUCAGCUUUUAAGGUCAGAAAAUGUUGAGUUCGUGGUUGCUCCAUAUGAAGCAGAUGCACAGCUGGCAUAUCUAGCUACUCUAGAUGCUGAUCAAGGGGGCAUAGCUGCAGUUAUAACAGAAGACAGUGACUUAAUAGCAUAUGGUUGCACCGCCAUUAUAUUUAAGAUGGAUCGCUUCGGGAAGGGCGAAGAAUUCAUAAUGGAUAAAACCUUGAUGACUGUCAAAGAUGGUCUUUCCUUUCAGGAUUUUGAUAAAAACCUAUUUACUGGUAUGUGUGUCCUUGCAGGAUGCGAUUUUCUUCCCUCAAUUUCUGGCAUUGGUACUAAAAGAGCAUAUUCUCUCAUCUCAAAACAUAAAAAUAUAGACAGUGUAUUAUCAACCUUGACGCUUGAUAAGCGGUAUUCUGUGCCGGAUGAUUACACUGAUUCCUUCUGGAAAACUCUUGCAGUAUUCAAUCAUGCUAGAGUAUAUGAUGUCAAAAGCAAGUCACUCAAACACUUGAAACCUUUGGAGGAACAGUAUCUUCACUAUUUGGCUGGAGAUCUGGAUAUUCUUGGACCAGAGCUAGCCCCAUCAAUGGCAAGAGCGAUUGCAGAGGGACGCUUGAAUCCUGUUACAAUGGAGACAUUUGAUAAAUUCUCCAGAACCAUUAGCCCCAUCGAGUUUAUUGAUACAUCGAAUCUCAGUGUUAUUAAUCAGUAUGGCUCUCAGGAAAUUUUGACACAAGAGAGUUCUAUCACAAUCUGCUCAUCCCAGGAAAGCAAAGAUGACACCGUAGGAUUUGCUACUGAUAAGAUUACUAGUGGUGAAAGGAAGGGCAACAAAGGAGCCCUUGCCCUUGGCAAAUUUCUAUUGCCAAGUGCAACAAAGAAGCAUUCCUCUCCGGCGUUGGAACGCAACAAAGUGGAGCAGAAAAACACCCCUGAGAACAACCCAUUCAAGAAGAGGAAAUUACCCACUGAUAGAGGUCAAGCACCAGAUCAAAGCGAGUUGCUGAUCGAUCUGGAUGAUGAAGAACCAGUUGUAUUAUGUUCAUCAUUGUCACCAGAGAGUGUUGGCCGAGCAGAAUCUCAAGAUAGAAAUGAAGUUUCAGCUGGAUUGUGCCGGCCAUUGUCACAAGGAAGUGUGGAAUCUGGGCCGAAUGGGAGAUCGUCUAAGAGGGAAAAUCACCUGAAGGCUUUCAGGGAUAAAACUAACAAGAAGGUUACCGAGAGGAGCGGAAUAUUGAAAUUUUUCAUGCCGCUGUAAUUCUGAUCCAAGUUCCAUCUUCCCCUUCUCCAAUUCCAUUUUGUUGAGAAAUUAAUUAGCACAUUGUAGUGGGAAAAAGUUUUGAAUGUAUCAAAGCACGAGUUCAUUGCUCAAAAUUGAAUCAGAUAUGGUUUUAUUUCAAACAGAUAUUCACUGCAUA